UUGACAUUUGUGUUGUUGCAGGUUUUGCGAUUGUUAUUGAACAAACGAAACGCAUCCAACCUAGAACAGGUAUUUAGCUCCCUAACGGAUACCGCCCAGUUAGAUUCCGGAGCAGUAAGAAAAGUAUUCACCUUAUCCGGCCAACCCGUUACCGUUUUACAGCAGUUUUUCUCAGGCGAGGACGUAUUUUUCGUGUACGGCAACGAAAGAUUUUCUCUCGAUGAUUUUGAGCUCGAAUUCGAGGAGAGCAAGGCGAUACAGUCGUAUAAAAAAACACCGGGACUGAGAAAUGGUUUUGGCCCGAAACCAAAGAUGCCUAAAAAAGAAUUGAAAACGUACAUUUCUGAUGAAAAUUUGUUAACAAAAUUAAGUAAAGAUGUCAAUAUAACGUUACCGCCAUCGUUACUCCAAAAAUACAGUGUCGGAAGAAUGAUCGGGGACGGAAAUUUUGCAGUAGUGAGAUUAUGUGUAGAUAAAACCACAAAUGUAGGGCACGCAUUGAAGAUCAUAGACAAGUCCAAGUGCAAAGGGAAGGAAGAUAUGGUCGAGAAUGAGGUACGGAUACUUAGGAGAUUGAAUCAUCCGAAUGUCAUGAGACUUGUAGACGAGCAGGAUACUAAGCCGAUGUUGUAUUUAGUUUGCGAAUUAGUUAAAGGUGGCGAUUUAUUCGACGCAAUAACUGUUGCCCAGAAAUUCUCCGAAGAACAAGCAGCUCUAAUGAUCACCCAUUUAACUUCGGCGUUAGCGUAUCUGCACAACCUUAAUAUUGUACAUCGAGAUGUUAAACCUGAAAACUUGCUGGUGGAUAUGAAAGGGUCCAAAAUUAAGGCUUUAAAAUUGGGCGAUUUUGGGCUAGCUUGUGAGGUUACAGGUCCUUUGUAUACAGUGUGUGGAACACCCACAUAUGUUGCCCCGGAGAUACUUGCGGAGUCAGGAUACGGUUUAAAAAUUGAUGUUUGGGCAGCGGGAGUUAUUUUAUAUAUUUUAUUAUGCGGUUACCCGCCAUUUGCCAGUCAAGACAAUGAUCAGGAGAAGCUUUUUGACUGCAUUUUAUCAGGACAAUACGAUUUCCCAGACGAAUAUUGGCAGGACGUGUCGAUGUACGCAAAGGAAUUGAUACAGAAUAUGCUGCAGCUAGCACCCGAAUUGAGAUUUUCGGCGGAAGACGUCCUGGACCAUCCAUGGUUACACGUAGCCAAUUGUUAAUUCUCAUGUACAAAUAGAUGCUUAUUAUCCUUCGGUGAUACUCGAAUUUUUUAAUUUAUUUAGUUUUAAGACUAAAGAAAUCAAAACCAUAUUUUGCCUUCAUUUCUUCCGUUUUGUGGAAUGCCAAAGUUGUCAUUUGUUUUGUAUUAUUGUGAUUUUUAUGCAAGAGAUUAAUUUUCAAUGAAAUGGCCGUCAGUGUAAAUCGGAGGCCUAAAUUCGUUUUUUAAGUUUCCAUCAAGUAGGUGAGCAAGUGAGUAGUAUUUUUUUUUGUCACUUGUUUCAGGUAAUUUGAUUUUUCUUCUCGCAUUAUGAACAAGCAACAUUCAAUAAUUGUAGAUAGAUUUUUGUGUCUAUAUAGAUAGACAUGGAUGACUAAUAUAGAAUGGAAACGGGUCUAAAUUAUCAAUCGAUAUUAUUUUCCACUGCAUCGACCGAUAGCUUUGUAAACUUGAAUCGAUUUGUGAUGUGCAUUGUUAAGGUAACAGGGUAAUGCGAAAGAAGGUGAUCUUCCCCAAAACUAUUGGGGGAGAACACAUUGGUCGUAAUUCCUUCUAUCCAGUGCAAUUUUAUUUAUUUAUAUUACGACUGUUCAACAAAAUAGCAAAAUCUGCUUUUUGUUUCAUUUGUGUUUGCUAAAUAUCCAAAUUGUAAAGACUGAGUCAAGUCUGAUUUCUCGUUUUUUUAUUUGUGCUACACUAUUUUUACAAAAUUCUGUCUGGGAAACUGCAUGCUGCAACAAUGCAACCAAAGAAACAAGAAAUUAAAAUCCAUGCCCUUAGUACACAGACAAUACAUAUUAAGUAAUGAUUUUAGUAAUCAAUAGUUUCCUCUAAUUGGAAAUUGCUGGCCUUUGCAAUGUUAUGCACGUAAUUGUUGAACAAAGCUUACUUAGUAUUGUACAUAAUUCAUUCCAGUGCCUGGUAUCAGAUUUUGCUAUUUUCUAAUUUUUUUUUAAUAUUGUAAUGAGAAGUAUUAUUUAUUAUGUACCAUCACUUAAUUCAUCUGUAUUAGAGAGAGAAUAUAAGAUUAUGAAUUCUGAA